GUACAUUGGCAAGAAGGGAAAUGAUUACCUAAUAGGUUGCCCACUCGCCACACCCUUCUGGCUUGUCGCUGUGGCGUUUCGGGGCCGGAGCCCUCUAGCCCCUCACACAAAAAAAUUCGUGCACUCGCCCUAGCGCGGGCUGCGCAAACUAAGCGAAACCCUCUCUGCAAAUCAAUCCAGCCGCUCUUGCGAAGCCCAUCUCAACAACCUCCUACCCCCCAACUCCAUCCCUCUCGAGCAACCGUCCUUCGUCCACGACAGCCCGCACCAGCCAGAGAAUUCCCCGACACCAUACCGAUCCGCAACCAUGGCUGACGAUCCCGACUACAACGCUGAGGAGGCCGCAGAGCUCAAGAAGAAGAGACAGUUCCGCAAGUUUUCCUACCGAGGAAUUGACCUUGACGCUCUUCUCGACCUCAGCUCCGACCAACUCCGCGAUGUCGUCCACGCCCGCGCCCGCCGCCGGAUCAACCGAGGUCUGAAGCGGAAGCCGAUGGGCCUCAUCAAGAAGCUCCGUAAGGCCAAGCAGGAGGCCAAGCCCAACGAGAAGCCCGACCUCGUAAAGACGCACCUGCGCGACAUGAUCGUCGUGCCCGAGAUGAUCGGCAGCGUCAUCGGCAUCUACUCCGGCAAGGAGUUCAACCAGGUCGAAAUCCGGCCUGAGAUGGUCGGCCACUACCUCGGCGAAUUCUCCAUCUCAUACAAGCCCGUCAAGCACGGUAGGCCUGGUAUCGGUGCUACUCACUCUUCUCGAUUCAUCCCUCUCAAGUAGGCCUAUAGUAAAAACAGGGAGGGGUGGGGUUUCUCUUGCAUUCACGGAUUGGGCGAACGGAACGGUUGUUUCUCUCUCUCGGCAGAUAGGCAAAAGAUGGCCAUCGGCCGGUGCGCGCUGCAUGAUAAUGAAAUGAGAUCAUUCUGCGCCGAGCACCGACACUUGAUUAUCGAACACGUAUCUCGGUGUUGCCCAUGGGAAAAUGACGGAUCAUCUCGUGACGUGUGCUUUGAAAUAUUUCCUCAGCUCGAGAGUGUCGGUAGACUAGUAAUGCGCUCUCGGGUUUCCCCUGGGCUCUCUAAGCGAAAACCGUAGUUCUAUACCCCUCCCCCUCCCCUCCCC